AUGUCUCAUUCCCCUCUAUCCACGGCACACAAAGAUGCGCUCAGAUCAUGUCGCGUUCUCUUUGAGGACAGUCUUAACGUUGAUGAUAUAUUAGCACAAUGCCUCCAAGACGAUGUCAUAUCUAUUAGAAUGAAGGCCAGGAUUGAGGCGAAACAAACUCCACAUGAAAAAUGUAGUGCUUUUCUUGAUAUUCUACAGACACGUGGAAGACAAGCGUUCGAUGACUUUAUUGUGGCUCUUAAAGUGGACUAUGGGUUUCUUGCGCGUUCCCUUGAAAAAGAACUACGUAUAAAAGCGUUAUCACUUGUAAAUGCUGGUCUUGUUUCCGCCAAUGAGAUAAUUGUAGCUGAUGAAAAAUUGGAUUAUAAAGAAAGUGACAAAGCUAAAGCUUCAAUAAGAACCAUUCAGGCACUAAUAACUCAACUCAAAACCACAGUUGGAAUUCCAAAGUCAAUAGCCCCACGAGUAUCCAGGUCAAAUACUACAGAUGCAUUUACAUCUCCGUUGUCUGAAGCCCAUAAAGCAACGCUCAGAUCCCAACGCGUUUUGCUUCAGGAGAGUUUAGACGUGCAGCAUAUAUUACCUAGGUGUAUCCAAGAGAGAGUAUUAUCCCAAGAAAUGAAAGAAACAGUUUUAAGUCAUUCGACCCGUCACCAGAGAUGUAGUGCGUUUUUAGAUAUUCUAGAAACACGUGGAAAACAAGACUUUGACAGUUUCGUAUCCUCCCUUCAUGACGACUACCUGUAUUUGGAGCUUCCUAUAAAAAGAGAGUUGCGUCUACAGGCACUUAAACUUGCCACUGAUGCUCUCGCAAACGCCAAUGACAUUUUCGAUCGUGAAGUCCAAUCUGAUGAGCAACAAUCAACCAAACUGGCGUUAGAGAGCAUAGAAAGUCUUAUAUCCCAACUGAAAGUAACCAUUGGCAUCGAAGAGGAGUUUGUUGAUUCUACAGCAUCUGUUUCAUCAGAACCAUCCCCCAUGAUGGUCACUUCCUCGGUAUCUGUCAAAUCCAUUGUGUCCAAGAUGUCCACUUUGGAAAGUCCAUCAAUGAAUCUGACGCCGUCUCAAGUACCACACGCAGCAAGAUCCUUGAUCAGUGUAACAAAGCCGGAAUCUUAUAUUGUCAAACAAACGCCUCUUAAGCCUACGCUCGAUGUUCCUCUUACCCUCAAUCAACCCCCCUUGUCCAGAGAUCCACAAACACAGCCGUUAACGACAGAACCUCCUGAUAAUGUUAGAGCACAACUGCCACCUAGUAGUGAUUCUCCCUCAGCCUCCCAGAUCCCUCCUACAACAGGCCCGUCGUCGGUCGUUAAAUCUCAACUCACACUGCAGCAACCUUCUACUAGUCAUGAAUCAACCCCCUCAACCAGUCUGGUAAAACAACUUAAAACACUUAAUCUGUCGUCUGGUCAUCUUAGUCUUACAUUAACUCGUAAGAUCGAGCUACCCGCUGAAUGUUUCGGUCUUUGUAGUAGUCCUAUGGGAGACAUCAUAGCAUCAAUAUAUCAGCAUGGUAUAUUUGUGUACAACAAGGAUUAUACGUUCAAGUUAACGUUUGCAUUAGAAGAUCAAUCUGAUGUAGUCUGUCUCCCCACUGACGAGAUAGUGGUGUGUUCAUGGAGGAAUAACUGGGUGAAGGUGUUCGACAUGGAGGGGAAUUACAAGCGACAGAUAUGUAAAUAUGUUAAUAAACCAUAUGGACUCGCAUUCCACCCACAAUUAGGUAUUGUAGUUAUUGGUAGGGACCCAAUGUGUCUCAACAUAUGCUCUAUCAGUGGUCAGGUACUCAGAACCAUCACAAAUGCAUCAUUCAAUAAUCUCUAUAGAGUUGCCAUCAGUCCAUACAAUAAAACAUUGUUGGUGACUGACUACAAAACCAGCACUCUUCACUGUCUGGACUGGGAGGGAAAUAAUGUAUUUGCAUACAAAGGUGAUGGUGAUGAUGGACUUGAUGAACCAGAUGGUAUUUGUUGCACUGAUAAACAUUUACUAUUAGUGGACAGUUGUAACCACAGGGUGUUUUUAUUAUCUCAUGAUGGGGACCUGCUGAAGAAUCUCCUCACUAAGGAGGAUGGUCUGGAGUUCCCUCAUGAGGUGAUGGUAGAUAGUAGUGGGAACAUAGUAGUGGGAGAGAGCAGUUCAGGUCCCAAUUAUCUGUAUGUGUUCAAAAUAGAUGACUAGUUAUAUGAAUCAUAGAAAAGUCAUAAAUAAGUAAAAUCAACCCCCUAGUGAAUUAUGAAUGUAUUGGUCACCUAUUAAA